AAUAAAAAUAAAAAAGUGUAUCCAACGGUUGUGAACUGCCAAGAUCUCCUCAUCGAGUCGUUGACCAAGGCCACCACGCCCUCCUCCCCACCUCGUCACUCAUUUUUCUUCAUAAUUAAUAUUCCUAAAUUAUGAACUCGGCACUCGGAUAUGUUACCAUCCUUUAUUAGUAUCAUCUCUCCUUCACACUACCCUACAAACCCCACCUCUUCCUUCCUGCCCUUCACCUCCUCCUUCAAUUCCUCCAUGGCGCACCGCCCCAUCCACCACCGGCGCAACCUAGCAGCUCCACCGUCCUCCUCCAUGGAUUCCACACCCACCACCUCCUUUACUUCUGCCCCUUCUCACUACUGCCCUUCCCCUAAACCAGAUCUCACCCUUCCCUCCAAACCCUCUUCCUUGCUUCACCACUUCUCUUCCCUCAACUUGAAUCACAACCGUCCCCAUCAUCCUCAGCCUCUCCCUUCUUAUUUAGACUCCCAUUUGCAGGUCAAGUCCUUGACUUCCUCCGCCAUUCUCCGUUCCUCCAAGACAUAUCACGCUAAACGCGCUCCAAAGCUCCCAAAAGAGUGUAAGCCGUCUAAGAAAACGUCCAAGGAGAAACCCCAGAAAUCUACUCAUGAAUUGGAAAGGAGGGAGGUGCAGGGUCUGGUGAAGAAUGAUAAGGUGGAUGAUUGUUGUGCAGGGCUUAAUGGUAGGGGUCCAUUUGGAGAUGAAGUUAAGAGGCCCUCUGUUUCACUGGCUAUAAGUCGUGGUAGAAGAAGAUCCUUCUGUGGCUCGCAGAUCCAUGCCGUGGAUUGUGCCAGAAAGACGUUUGAUAGCAUGGAGAAGUUCACAUCCAAGACCCUGGCACUUGCCCUCAAGAAGGAGUUUGAUGGGGCAUAUGGUCCGGCUUGGCACUGUAUUGUGGGGACGAGUUUCGGGUCCUUUGUGACUCAUUCAGUUGGAGGGUUUCUGUAUUUCUCCAUGGAUCAAAAGUUAUAUGUCCUCUUGUUUAAGACCACUGUGCAAAAAGCAGAUUGAAAAAAGCCCAAGAAGGAAGCGGCUUCUGCAAUGAUAAUCAAGAUUUAUUUAUAUAUAUAUAUAUAUGAAAAUUUUAGCGGAAGUUUUGGAGAGCCCCAAAAAUGCUCUUGUACAUUAGUUUUGCUUCAACCAUGCAGGCAGGGAGAUAAGGUAGAAUGUAACAAAUCUGCCUUAUUUCCUGCAUUUAUUGUAACACUUGAGAUUUUAUAAAAGAAAUCACCUUCACAAUUACAAGUUA